CAGCCAGUCGGGCAUUUUCUGACAAGCGUAGAAAAACUUUUCAUCAACAGCCAGCCGCCAUUUUACGUGAGCCGAUACUUGUGCGGUGCGGAACUCGGGCGAUCGUUUCCACGGUGAAUUUCGGUACCGCGGGGCCGGUUUGCGGCCGAUAUUUCGAUCGCGAUAAGUGCGGGGAUAAAAACUGUAUCGAAAUUAGUGAAAAUGUCAGGGGUAAGCGAUCGAGUUUUGGAUAAUUUACGGUGAUUUCGCGCGCCUAUCAUUGUGUGAAAGAUGGUGCCAGCGGGCAGCAGUAGUAGCGAGCUUGGAUAUCGCUAGCGCCGUGCGCGUAGCCAGUUUGCGCUCUCUCAAGUUUGUCAAGUUGUUCUUGUGUGUGAUACCUAUACAUUGGGGGUGAUACUGAAAGAUGUCCAAUGGUUAAUUAUGUGCGUUCGGGGACGCCCGGGACGUCGAACUGUGGGAAAGCGCCUCAACGCACCGCGGUUAUUAUGUUUUCAACUAAUCAAAUACCAAUACCCACAAAAUAUAACGAAAAAUUUCGCGACUCCCCCAAACUAGUGUAGUGUGCCUAGUGUGCCAAGCGUAAACAGGCGGCCGCGAGACAUGGCCGAUCAUCUUGUGGACGGCCCGCCAAACAAGCGGCCAAAAUUGGCGGACCCCUUCCAGGGGCCCUCGGAUUCGUCAGUGGGUAUGACGCCCAUAAUGAUGCACCAUGCUUACACCUACGGGGGAGGUGGCGGUGGUAACAUGCAACAAAUGCAGGGCCCGCCACAACAGCUACAUCUACAACAACAUCAACUUCAGCCACAUUGGAACAACCAUACAGCCCAGAAAAGAAAUUACAUAACAAACACAGAUAUGUUUGACCUUGAAAAUGACCUUCCUGACGACUUGUUGUCAUCCGGAACCUGGUGCUCAACAACUGAGAGCGCUAAACCACCCGCAACUGGUCCUGGACCUGGACAACAAAAUGGUGCAUUAGAUUCCGAACUGCGACAGCAUGUACAGCAGCAACAACAGCAGCAAUUAUCUCAUCAUUUGAUGCAACAGCAGGGCAACAAAAAUUUAGUUGCAAAUUCACUGGCAAUGGCAGCAGGAACAUUGGGUAGUAAGAGCCCCAACAUGCAGUCGCCACCCAAUGUUUCAGUUUCCAAAGGUGUCGUUGACUCUCAGAUGGUUGUCAGUCUUGGUAAUUUACCCAGCAGUAUAGCCAGCUCGCUCACCAACAAUCAAAUGUCAAUUGCCAAUUCAAUGGGAGGGCUACAGUCGUCGAUGAGUAUGACUGGAAGUAAUGCUACAAUGUCGAUUCCGGGUGGAAUGAAUUCCGGACUUGUCAUGACGAGCAGUGCCAGUGGGAACAAUAACAUGGGUGGAAUGGCUGGAGGUGGUUUGAUCGUCGCGAACAGUCUGAACAAGCAGCCCUUAAACACUGUAACAAUGAUUGGCUCGAAUGCUCAAGGCAUACAUCACUCUGCUGGGCCUCAUGGUGUGGGCCAAAUGCCAAAUGGUCCAGCUGGAAUGAUGACUGCUAGGGCUGUUGUUAUGCAGCAGCAACAGGCACAGCAGCAGCAACAGCAGCAACAACAACAGCAGCAGCAGCAACAAGUGCAACAGCAGCAACAAGCACAGCAGCAACAGCAGCAACAAGCACAGCAGCAACAGCAGCAGGCGCAGCAGCAGCAGCAACAACAGCAGCAGCAGCAACAACAACAACAACAACAACAACAACAGCAGCAGCAGCAGCAGCAGCAAGCCCAUAUGGUAGGCUCAGCAAGGGGCCAAAGUCCUCACCAACAAGUGCACCAAGGAGGAAUGGUUGGACCUAGAAUGCCAGCUCCACCAAACAUGGCAAAUAUGUCAAACAUGGGACAAAUGGGUGCUUCGAGUCCAUAUGGUUACGUAAAAUGUUCAUCAGGGUCCCCAGGUGGUGCACCGGCUCCAAGUGUUGGGGCCAAUAACCCAGUUGGUGUUGUUGCUCCCCAACAAAGACCGGCAGGGGCAAAUAUGAAUGCCAUGCAAGUUGCCAGAUUUGGUGGUCCGACUGGACCUAUCGGACCAGGAAACAUUGUUGGGGGCCAAGAAGGUGGGAUGGCGCAACAAGCACAACCACCAGCACCAAGUCCGGCACAGCCACAGUCAGGUGCACCUAGUGGAGGGCAACCAGGUCCUCAACAAGCAACACAGGGCCAAAUGCCUGGCAGCGGUCCUCAACCAGGUGCUCCUCCGUCAACAGCUGAUCCUGAAAAGAGAAAAUUGAUUCAGCAACAACUGGUCUUGCUAUUACAUGCGCACAAAUGCCAGAGGCGAGAGAGUCAGGCUAAUGGAGAAGUGUGUCAGUGCACAUUGCCACAUUGUAAAACUAUGAAGAAUGUUCUGAAUCACAUGACGACAUGCGGAGCUGGGAAGACUUGUUCUGUACCACAUUGCAGCUCGUCUAGGCAAAUAAUAAGUCAUUGGAAACACUGUCAACGAAGCGACUGCCCUGUCUGCUUGCCUCUGAAGCAGGCGGAUAAAAACAGGCAUCCAAACGCUGCUGGUGUCCAAGCAACUCAGCCAAAUAGUCAACCUAAUCCCAGUCCAGCGGACAUGAGAAGAGCAUACGACGCCUUAGGAAUAUGUCCUACUACUACUCCUACUUUAUUGCCUGGUCAAACUGUUGGUAGAGGUGUUCGAAUGCCUGUACCAGGUAUCCAAGGUCCACCCGGUGGUAUGCAGAAUAUAAGGCUAGCCCCACCUCAACCUCAAGUAGCGGGCCCAGGACAACCUGUAGUCGGUGGUGCAGGCCAACAGGUUAUUGCUCCUAACGUCUCCCUUCCUCUGAGCUCUGAUCCAACGGCAGUGGCUGCUGGAAGCCAGGCUCAACCUUCAACUGGACCUACAUCAGCUGCAGCUGUGGCUGCCGCUAGUAUACAGCAAUCCGUUAGCAUGCAACUUUUUGGAUUGAACGAUGCAGGUCAACCAGGAAUUAUAAAUGAAAAUAGAUUAGCUAGUCUACAAUUACCAGCUGGGCUACAACCGGGCCAAGUAACUGCAACUCCGGUACAAGGAACUAAAGAGUGGCAUCAAUCGGUUACACCAGAUCUCAGGAACCAUCUUGUUCACAAGUUGGUCCAAGCAAUAUUCCCAACACCUGAUCCUCAAGCAAUGCUCGAUAAAAGAAUGCAUAAUUUAGUUGCAUAUGCGAAAAAAGUUGAAGGUGAUAUGUAUGAAAUGGCCAACUCAAGAUCAGAAUACUAUCAUUUACUCGCUGAGAAGAUAUACAAGAUACAGAAAGAACUAGAGGAAAAACGACAGAAACGCAAAGAACAGCAGCUCCAAGCUCAGCAGCAACAACAGGCACCGGGUGCAAAUCUUAGGCCAGCAGCUCCACAAGGUCUUGCUGGAGCAGUGCCUCCAAAACCAGUUGGAACAGUGCCUCCGAGUCUACGAAGCCAUUCACCUGGAAUGGGGCAGCUGGGAGCACUACCUGGUAUAGGCAUGCAACACAAUCGCAUGCAAUUUCCACAACAAAUCCAACAGCAACAAAUGCAACAGCAACAAGGGAUGCUCAUCGGACCACCGGGUCCAAGUCCAAAUGGGCAACCAACGUCCAAUCCUAAUUUGGUCCCAAAUCCAGGUCUCAGUCCUUUUGGUCAACCGCAAAUGUCGCAAGCUAAUUUAACGACGACUACAGCCUCUGCUACAACUAGUCAAUUUCCUACGUCGAACGGGACUCCUGGAUUGCCAAAUACAUCUCCAGUUCAGAAUCAGCAUCAGUUCCAAGAGCUUUUGAAAGUUAGGCUUGCACAACAACAACAACAGCAGCAGCAGCAGCAACAACAGCAGCAGCAGCAACAACAACAGCAACAACAACAACAGCAGCAGCAGCAACAAAGUCAACAACAACAACAACAGCAGCAGCAGCAGCAGCAACAGGUGCAACAGCAACAGGCUCAACAGCAGCAAGCGCAACAGCAGCAAGCACAGCAACAACAAGCUCAACAACAUCAACAACAACAACAACAACAGCAGCAACAACAACAGCAGCAGCAGCAACAAACCAAUGCCACUCCUAAUCAGAAUAGUAAUACAACAUCGUUGCCGCAAGCACCAUCGCCAUUCAGUACAAUGCAGCAGCAGAACAGUCAACAACAAAAUCAACAGUUUCCUACAAGCCGACCUAUGUCUGCUUCAACUCCUGGUGAUAGCGGUAUUGCAACACCUACACCUCAAACUAUACCACCGCCUGCAUCCAGUGGGCCAAGUCCUGGGCCCGCACCAUCUACAAAUGGUCCCCAAUCAACCACUUCUACGCCUAGUACACCUUUAGUUCCAUCGUUGAUGACUCCGAACAAGACAGUUUCGUCUGCAAAUAAAACACCUCCCCACCCCAGUACCACUCCGUCUCCUGCAGGAUUAGCCAGCUUAGGUAAAGGCAUGACCUCCCAAGAAAGAGCUGCUUUGAAUGCUCCAAGAAGUUCUUCAAUGUCAUCCCAAAUGGCUGCUAUCACAGCAGCUUUGGAUCGUGAUAAUUCACCGAGUCCACCAACGAAUAAUAGUAAGGGAAAAUUGGAUUCUAUCAAAGAGGAAAAUAUCAAAAUGGAAAUAAAAACCGAGGAUGGUUCUGAUAAUCAUAGGAUGGAUGGGGGGAAAAGUGUUAAUAGCGAAAUUUCUAUGAAAACUGAAAUCAAGACAGAGCCAAUGGAAGAAACGUCUGAGGAUGGAAUGAUCAAGGAAGAAUGCAAUAUUAAAGAAGAACCUGUUACUCCGAUGUCUAGUCAAGACACAUCGACAUCUGAUAUUAAACCCAUGGUUCCCGAACCAAUUCAACCCAGUGGAACGUCUACUGAUAAGAAACGAUUGUGCUUAUUUAAGCCUGACGAAUUGCGACAAGCACUGAUGCCUACUUUAGAAAAGUUAUAUCGUCAAGAUCCAGAAUCUCUUCCCUUCAGGCAACCCGUUGAUCCUCAAGCCCUUGGGAUUCCAGACUAUUUUGAUAUUGUGAAAAGACCAAUGGAUUUGUCGACAAUCAAGAGAAAACUGGACACAGGACAGUACAGUGAUCCUUGGGAGUAUGUUGACGAUGUUUGGAUGAUGUUUGACAAUGCGUGGUUAUAUAAUCGCAAAACUUCCAGAGUCUACAGAUAUUGUACUAAGCUUUCGGAGGUGUUUGAGCAAGAAAUUGACCCUGUAAUGCAGGCAUUGGGGUACUGUUGUGGACGAAAGUACACUUUCAAUCCUCAGGUUUUGUGUUGUUAUGGAAAACAACUUUGCACUAUUCCGAGAGAUGCCAAAUAUUAUUCUUACCAAAACAGGUUGGGAUAUACAUUCUGUCAAAAAUGCUUCAAUGAUAUCCCUGGAGAUACUGUGACAUUAGGAGAUGAUCCAACACAACCGCAAACUGCCAUAAAGAAAGAACAAUUCCAAGAAAUGAAGAACGAUCAUCUUGAACUGGAACCAUUUGUCGUCUGCACCGAUUGCGGUAGAAAAGUUCAUCAAAUUUGUGUCUUACAUAUGGAAGCAAUCUGGCCAUUAGGCUUCACCUGUGACAAUUGUCUGAAGAAAAAAGGUCAAAUGCGUAAGGAUAAUAAAUUCAAUGCAAAACGAUUGCCUGUAACAAAGUUGGGAACGUACAUCGAAACACGGGUGAAUAAUUUCUUGAAGAAAAAGGAAGCUGGUGCCGGAGAAGUUGCGAUUAGAGUUGUAGCUUCUAGCGAUAAGCUUGUUGAAGUCAAACCAGGAAUGAGAAGUAGAUUUGUGGAAAACAGUGAUAUGCCAGGAGAGUUUCCGUAUCGAGCGAAAGCUUUGUUCGCGUUUGAGGAAGUUGACGGUACCGAUGUAUGCUUCUUUGGCAUGCAUGUACAGGAAUAUGGGAGUGAAUGUCCUACGCCCAACACGAGGCGAGUUUAUAUCGCAUAUCUGGAUUCUGUACACUUCUUCAGGCCUAGACAAUUCAGAACAGCUGUUUAUCAUGAAAUUUUACUUGGAUACCUUGACUACGCCAAACAGCUUGGUUACACAAUGGCUCAUAUUUGGGCGUGUCCACCAUCGGAAGGAGAUGAUUACAUUUUCCACUGUCAUCCGCAAGAGCAGAAAAUUCCAAAACCAAAGAGGUUGCAAGAGUGGUAUAAGAAAAUGUUAGACAAGGGAAUGGGUGAAAGAAUUGUUCUUGAUUACAAAGAUAUAUUGAAGCAAGCCAUGGAAGAUAAGCUCUCGUCUGCUGCUGACUUACCUUAUUUUGAAGGUGACUUUUGGCCAAAUGUUUUGGAGGAAAGUAUCAAAGAAUUGGAUCAAGAAGAAGAGGAGAAGCGGAAACAGGCAGAGGCAGCUGAGGCUGCUGCGGCUGCAGCCAAUGCCAUAUUUUCGCUGUCUGAGGAUUCGGAGACAGGACCAGAUGGUAAAAAGAAGGGGCAAAAGAAGGCUAAGAAGUCUAACAAGUCCAAGGCAAAUCAACGUAAAAAUAGCAAAAAAUCUAAUACUCCGCAAACGGGUAAUGAUCUUUCGGCAAAGAUAUUUGCCACUAUGGAAAAACAUAAAGAAGUUUUCUUUGUUAUCCGAUUGCACAGUGCCCAGAGCGCAGCCAGCUUAGCUCCUAUUCAAGACCCAGAUCCUGCAAUAAAUUGUGACCUUAUGGAUGGUCGUGAUGCGUUUUUAACAAUGGCACGAGAAAGACAUUACGAAUUUUCAUCUUUGAGACGAGCGAAGUUUAGCUCCAUGUCUAUGCUUUAUGAGUUACAUAACCAAGGGCAAGACAAAUUUGUCUACACGUGCAAUAAUUGUAAAAGCCAUGUUGAGACUAGAUAUCACUGUACUGUUUGUGAUGACUUCGAUUUAUGUAUAAGCUGUAAAGAAAAAGAUGGUCAUCCACAUCCCAUGGACAGACUAGGCCUAGACUUGGAUGAUGGUUCGUCACCAGCCGAUGCUAAGCAGGCCAAUCCACAGGAGGCACGAAAGUUGUCAAUUCAGAGAUGCAUCCAGUCAUUGGUGCAUGCGUGUCAGUGUAGAGAUGCCAACUGCAGACUACCAAGCUGCCAAAAGAUGAAACGUGUUGUUACCCACACAAAAAUAUGUAAAAGAAAAACGAACGGUGGUUGUCCUAUAUGCAAGCAAUUAAUAGCAUUGUGUUGUUACCAUGCUAAACACUGCCAAGAAACAAAAUGUUUAGUACCAUUUUGUUCGAAUAUUAAGCAUAAACUGAAACAGCAACAACUUCAACAGCGUCUUCAACAAGCUCAACUUCUUAGGCGAAGAAUGGCAGUUAUGAAUACUACUAGGCCAACUGGUACAGGUGGCCCAAUUCCGUGUAGUCAAUCAUCUAACCCCGCAAUGCCAGUAGGUAUAGCAAUUAAGCCGGGUGUCAGUCCUACCAAUCUCCCUUCUCACCAGACUAACAUAGGCCUUAAACCUGGUACGCAGACCCCACCUGCCAGCGUGCUUCAAGUUGUUAAACAGGUACAGGAAGAAGCUGCAAGGCAACAGGUACCCCAUCCUGUUUAUGGAAAAAUUGCUCCUAGUAGUGGCAUUGGUGGUGCGAGUCAACCUAGCGGCGUUAUGCCACCUCCAAUGCAGAGACCCAUUCCAGGCCAAAUGUCUAGUCCGGCUGGUACCCACCUCAUUCCUAUGGAACAAUGGACAUCUCCAAGAUAUCCGGCUAAUCCUGUGAUGCAACCUAAUCAGGGGCUCCGGCAACCGAGUCCUCAACAGCUGAUGUCACCGCAGCAGCCUCAACACCCAGGUCAACCAAUUAUGGGAAUGAGUCCACAGAUGCCUAGACAACCAGGAGUUAUUCCAGGACCAGUCGGUCCAGUUGGUCCUCAACCCACAGCUGCUGCAUCGACAAUGCAUAAGCAUGCUUUGCAACAACUCAUGCAAACCCUUCGGAGUCCCAACACGCCUGAGCAACAAAACCAAAUUCUACAGAUACUCAAGAGCAAUCCUCAGUUAAUGGCUGCCUUUAUAAAACAAAGACAGCAAACAACUCAACAUGGUGGGGCAGGUGGCCCACUGGGAACCAAUCAACCUCAGCAACAGCACUCCAGUUUGCAUCACAUGAUGCAACAGCAGCAACAGCAACAGCAGCAACAACAACAGCAACAGCAACAUCAGCAGCAGCAGCAACAACAGCAGCAGCAGCAGCAGCAGAAUAGAAUGCAAAUUCAAGCGAUGCUUAGCCAACAGCAACAACAAUCAGGGCAGGGGCAUGGUGGACAAUCACCGUGGUAUAAACAGCAACUGCUAGUUUUGCAGAGGCAGCAGCAACAACAGCAGCAACAACAACAACAGCAACAACAGCAGCAACCUUUCACUCAGCCACCAGCCCCACCUUACGGCCAACAAAGACCAAUCAGGUCGCCAUUAAUUGGCUACGGGAGUUUCAAUGAGCAGGGCUAUGGACAACCAGGGUUGAAGCCAACUCCACCACCGGUACCUUCUCCUCAAGGUGUAAUGGGUCCUCCUGGAAUAUCGGUACAACAGCAGUUGAUGCAGUCGGUUCGGUCACCACCUCCUAUUCGGUCUCCGCAACCAAAUCCCUCGCCGAGACCUGUACCCUCUCCUCGUAAUCAACCGGUUCCUUCUCCUCGUGCCGGACCUGUACAGUCCCCUCAUCAUCAUCCCCCUCAUGGUACGCCAACUCACUCGCCCGCCCAUGAACUCGGUGGUCCCAGUGAAAUGAUGCUGUCCCAGCUUGGCGCCGGUAGUGGCGUUUCCGCCGGUCAUCCACCCGCCAUGCCUCAUCAUUCAUCCCCAGCUCCUCCCCCCACAAGUGGUGCAGACUCUAGUGAAUCGGCAUCGAUGACACCACAAGACCACCUUGUAAAUUUAAUUGAACAGUUUUAGUGACUGUUAGUUACUAUUGCCCAAAAUGAGACUGACUGCUCGAAGCAACCCCUGUCCGCUUCAACCACUCAAAUCAUCGUUUUUGUCCCGAUUUUUUUUUCCUUCCUUCUUUUUGAUUUUUCCUCUAAAACGUUUCAGACAUUAUACUUCUCAAGAAGGCGAAAAAUUCAAAUGUUUCACAGGACAAUAAUGAAACACGUUGUAUGUUAUUUGGCCAGUUAAAAACAGUUUCAUCGUUUUGCUCUAGGAAAUAUUUGAGAAACUAUAUUUUAUCCUCAUGACGAAUUGUUGAUUGUUCGUUUCUUUCUUACUUUGAGGAUAAAGGAAAAACAUUGAUCGCCAUUGUGAAACGUGGUAGGUGUUGGAAAUAUCAAAGAGAAAAAAUUAAUAUCAAAAAAAUGUCGGGAUCUGCAGCGGUAAUCUUGAGUGGAAGUUGUUAUUAAAAGACUUUAAAA